GCUUGGCGAAAUGUGCGUGGCACUAGGACCCAGGGGGCUCCCGCGAGCGGAUCUAGGGGCCAGAUUGCAAAUUCGCGGUGACUCAGUCUGGUCGGCUCCUUGCGCUCGGCGGCCGCGGCGGCAGCAGCAAACGUUGGCGGCCGCGCUGCUCGGCUCAGUUCCCCCGGGUUUCGCCGUCCGAGGCUCCCCUCAGGGGCACCUGAAGCAGCAAACCAAGAUGGAGUAUGAGUGGAAACCUGACGAGCAAGGGCUUCAGCAAAUCCUGCAGCUGCUGAAGGAGUCCCAGUCCCCAGACACCACCAUCCAGAGAACCGUGCAACAAAAACUGGAACAACUCAAUCAAUAUCCAGAUUUUAACAACUACCUGAUUUUUGUACUUACAAAAUUAAAAUCUGAAGAUGAACCCACAAGAUCAUUGAGUGGUCUCAUUUUGAAGAAUAAUGUGAAAGCACAUUUUCAGAACUUUCCAAAUGGUGUAACAGACUUUAUUAAGAGCGAAUGUUUAAAUAAUAUUGGGGAUUCCUCUCCUCUGAUUAGAGCCACAGUAGGUAUUUUGAUUACAACAAUAGCCUCAAAGGGGGAAUUGCAGAAUUGGCCUGAUCUCCUACCAAAACUCUGUAGCCUGUUGGAUUCUGAAGAUUACAAUACUUGUGAGGGAGCAUUUGGUGCCCUCCAGAAAAUAUGUGAAGAUUCUGCUGAGAUUUUAGAUAGUGAUGUUCUAGAUCGUCCACUCAACAUCAUGAUUCCCAAAUUUUUACAGUUCUUCAAGCACAGUAGUCCAAAAAUAAGGUCUCAUGCUGUUGCAUGCGUCAAUCAGUUUAUCAUCAGUAGAACUCAGGCUUUGAUGUUACACAUUGAUUCUUUCAUUGAGAAUCUAUUUGCAUUGGCUGGUGAUGAAGAACCAGAGGUACGCAAAAAUGUGUGCCGAGCACUUGUGAUGUUGCUUGAAGUUCGAAUGGAUCGCCUGCUUCCUCACAUGCAUAAUAUAGUUGAGUACAUGCUACAGAGAACCCAAGAUCAAGAUGAAAAUGUGGCUCUGGAAGCCUGUGAAUUUUGGCUCACUUUGGCUGAGCAACCAAUCUGCAAAGAUGUACUUGUAAGGCAUCUUCCUAAGUUGAUACCUGUGCUAGUGAAUGGCAUGAAGUACUCAGAUAUAGAUAUUAUUCUGCUCAAGGGUGAUGUUGAAGAAGAUGAAACAAUUCCUGAUAGUGAACAGGACAUAAGGCCACGUUUUCAUCGGUCAAGAACAGUGGCUCAGCAACAUGAUGAAGAUGGAAUUGAAGAGGAGGAGGAGGAUGAUGAUGAGAUUGAUGAUGAUGACACAAUUUCUGACUGGAAUUUAAGAAAGUGUUCUGCUGCUGCCCUAGAUGUUCUCGCAAAUGUGUAUCGUGAUGAACUUUUACCACAUAUCUUGCCCCUUUUGAAAGAAUUGCUUUUUCAUCAUGAAUGGGUUGUUAAAGAAUCAGGCAUCUUGGUUUUAGGAGCUAUUGCUGAAGGUUGCAUGCAGGGCAUGAUUCCAUACUUGCCUGAGCUCAUUCCUCACUUAAUUCAGUGCCUCUCUGAUAAAAAGGCUCUUGUGCGUUCCAUAACAUGCUGGACUCUUAGCCGCUAUGCACAUUGGGUCGUCAGCCAGCCCCCAGACACGUACCUGAAGCCAUUAAUGACAGAAUUACUUAAACGUAUCCUGGAUAGCAACAAGAGAGUACAAGAAGCUGCCUGCAGUGCCUUUGCUACCCUAGAAGAGGAGGCUUGUACAGAACUUGUUCCUUACCUUGCUUAUAUACUUGAUACCUUGGUCUUCGCAUUUAGUAAAUACCAGCAUAAGAACCUGCUCAUCCUUUAUGAUGCCAUAGGAACAUUAGCAGAUUCAGUAGGACAUCAUUUAAACAAGCCAGAAUAUAUUCAGAUGCUAAUGCCUCCACUGAUCCAGAAAUGGAACAUGUUAAAAGAUGAAGAUAAAGAUCUCUUCCCUUUACUUGAGUGCCUGUCUUCAGUUGCCACAGCCCUGCAGUCUGGCUUCCUUCCAUACUGCGAACCCGUGUAUCAGCGUUGUGUAAAUUUAGUACAGAAGACCCUUGCACAAGCCAUGCUGAACAAUGCUCAACCAGAUCAAUAUGAAGCUCCAGAUAAAGAUUUUAUGAUAGUGGCUCUUGAUUUACUCAGUGGCCUAGCUGAAGGACUUGGAGGCAAUAUUGAACAGCUAGUAGCCCGAAGUAACAUUCUGACACUGAUGUAUCAGUGCAUGCAGGAUAAAAUGCCAGAAGUCCGGCAGAGUUCCUUUGCCCUAUUAGGUGACCUGACAAAGGCUUGUUUUCAGCACGUUAAGCCUUGUAUAGCUGAUUUCAUGCCAAUUUUGGGAACCAACUUAAAUCCAGAGUUUAUUUCAGUCUGCAACAAUGCCACUUGGGCAAUUGGCGAAAUCUCCAUUCAAAUGGGUAUAGAGAUGCAGCCUUAUAUUCCUAUGGUGUUGCACCAGCUCGUAGAAAUCAUUAACAGACCCAACACACCAAAGACGUUGUUAGAGAAUACAGCAAUAACAAUUGGUCGUCUUGGUUACGUUUGUCCUCAAGAGGUGGCCCCCAUGCUACAGCAGUUUAUAAGACCCUGGUGCACCUCUCUGAGAAACAUAAGGGACAAUGAGGAAAAGGAUUCAGCAUUUCGUGGGAUUUGUACCAUGAUCAGUGUGAAUCCCAGUGGAGUGAUCCAAGAUUUUAUAUUUUUUUGUGAUGCUGUUGCAUCGUGGAUUAACCCAAAAGAUGAUCUGAGGGACAUGUUCUGUAAGAUCCUUCAUGGAUUUAAAAAUCAAGUUGGGGAUGAAAAUUGGAGGCGUUUCUCUGACCAGUUUCCACUUCCCUUAAAAGAGCGUCUUGCAGCUUUUUAUGGUGUUUAAUCUCACACUUGAAUGCUGCAGUCCCAUAAUUAGGGGUCCUUCAGUCUUGGAGACCAUGAGGGAGCCUCUGCACCCAGGGAAAAUGUUACCCUUUACAGGGGGGAAGGGUAGACCAGUAGGGAAUACAGUACAGUCCCAACCCUACUGGGAGGGGCGGGAGGGAGGUGUUGCCGUCACUGUAUUAAGUUGAUGUUGGGAAAAGUUUUAACAUCUGGAGCCUUUGUGGGUGGAAAUCUGUCUCCAAUUCAACUCCGCACUGGAUGUGAAGAAGCAAAAAAACAAACAAAAAAAAACAAACUAUAUUCAGUCUACUCACAAAACAGUAGUACAUUCUGGAAUAUUAAGGGGAAUUGUACCAAACAAGAACCAUAUAAAUGAUGCACAGGGGUAAGAAGGAGGGAUAUUCUAUAGUGCACGAUAAAGGAAGCCUAAGAACAGGGGUUACAGACAAGUCAAGAAGUUGUUUUUGUUUUU